UCGCUUGGCAUAACGACUUAUGUGUAUAUAAUAUAAACUCGAGUCACGAUCACUUGCAAUGCGCAGUUUUUAUUCUCAAUUUACUUCAAAAAUUUUUUUUUUUUAAUUUGCCAGAUCACUUUAAUUAAUAGUAAUGCCGUUACUGUGUGUUAUUAGAAAUUUUUUUUUUCAAAACCUUUCGUGAUGUUAAACGCUAGUUUUAGUUUGAUUUUCAUCGUGCAAUGUCAAUAAAUUUUUGUAAAAAUUAUUUUUUUGCGAAAAAAAAAGAAUUUAGUAUUUUUCAAUACUAACGUAAAUUUUUUCAUUAACGUAAAAAAAAUUAAUUUGUAAUGUGUUUAUUUGUUAAGUGAAUGAAUUUAAGUUAACUCGAUGAAAUAAAUUUAAAUUAAAUGAAUUGUGAUUUAUUGUUCCGUAUAAUUCUCAAAACUAAAUAAAUAGAUAGAUAAAUAAAGAAUUAAAUAAAUUUAUUAAUUAAUUUUAAGUUAAAGAAGUUGUAAAUAAAUUUAAAUUUAAGAAGGUGUAAAUAAGUUUAAAUUAAAGAAGGUGUAAAUAAGUUUCAAUUGAAGGAGUUGUAAAUAAAUUUAAAUUAAAGGUGUUGUAAAUAAAUUUAAAUUAAAGGAGUUGUAAAUAAAUUUAAAUUAAAAAAGAUGUAACUAAAUUUAAAUUAAAUAAGUUAUUAAAAAAAUUUGAAUGAAGUUUUUGAAAAUCGAGAGAAAUAAUUAUUUUAAUAAAAAUUGACGAAUAUGGCAAUAAUUAUGAGUAGUUUUGUUCUGGAAUUUUUUGGAGUUGUGACGAUAGUGCUCCUUGGUGUCUACUUGUAUUUUAAAUUAUUUAUUUACAAUUAUUGGGAAAAAAAUGGAGUCCAAUAUAUAAAACCCAUAGUGCCAAUUGGGAAUAUUUUGAACGCCGUUAUUGGAAAAGAGCACAUUGGUGUUUGUUUUGAGAAAGGCUAUGAGAAAUUGAAGAAAUAUCGAUAUGGUGGACUGUACACAUUACACAAACCAAGUUUACUAAUAGCCGAUCUUGAUUUAGUAAAAAUGGUGUUGACAAAAGAAUUCGCACAUUUUCACGAUCGGGGUCUUUAUUGUAAUGAAUCAUUUGAUCCUCUCUCGGGACACAUUUUUCUACUGUCGGGACAAAAGUGGAAAAAUUUACGUGCAAAAUUGACGCCAACUUUUACUUCGGGAAAAUUGAAAGGAAUGUUUGGAAUUUUAACAGGAAAGGGCGAUCAUUUGUGUGAAAUUAUAGAGGGUCACAAUCAGGAAGUUAUUGAAGUGAAAGAUAUGAUGGCACGAUACGCAACUGAUGUGAUUUUUACAAUAGCAUUCGGAGUGAAUCCAAAUAGUCUUGAUAAUCCACAAAGUGAAUUUCGCUAUUAUGGGAAAAAAAUAUUUGAAAUAAGUUCAGUGAAAACUGCCCUCGCAUUUUUUGGACCAAGUAUUAUGGAUUUUUUCAAAAUCCCCCUCAUCGAUAGAGGUAGUAGUAAAUUUUUCAUAAAAGUUUUCACAGAAACCUUUGAAUAUAGAUUAAAAAAUAAUGUAAGAAGAAAGGAUUUUUUGGAUUAUUUAUUGCAACUUGUCAAUUAUGGACGUUUAGAAGAAGAUGAUGAUGAAACAUCAACGAUAGCGGAUUCUUUGCAUGGUAAAAUAACAUUUUUGGAAGCUGCGGCGCAAGCUUUUGUUUUCUAUUUAGGCGGUUUUGAAACUUCAUCGGCAACAAUUUCCCAUUGUUUAUACGAAUUGGCCAUUCAUCAGGAAAUACAAGAAAAAGUUCGGGAAGAAAUUAAAUUAGCUUUGGAAAAACAUGGACAACUUAGUUAUGACAGUUUGAAUAGUAUGUCAUAUCUUCAUCAAUGUGUUUCUGAAACUAUGAGACUAUAUCCAGCGUUGGCCAUUUUAAAUCGCGUGUGCACGAAGGAUAUCGAUUUACCAACAACUAAUUUACAUGUGAAAAAGGGUGUCGACGUUGUAAUUCCUGUUUUGGGAAUUCAUUUGGAUCCGGAAAUUUAUCCCGAUCCUUUGAAAUUUGAUCCUGAAAGAUUUACUCCAGAAAAUAUUGCCGCUAGACAUUCAUACGCUUAUUUACCCUUUGGCGAAGGUCCAAGAAUUUGCAUUGGAAUGAGAAUGGGUUUGGCACAAACAAAAGUAGCACUGGCCAGUGUUUUGAAUAAAUUUCGAGUGACUUUGGGACCAAAUACUCCAGUGCCACUUGUAAUUAAUCCAAAGUCCAGUGUCACCUAUUCAUCGGAGGAAAUAAAUUUGCGCUUUGAGCGUUUGUCAAUAUAAUCAUUUUCUAAAAAAAAUUGUUCAAAAAAAAUAUUUACAAGUAAAAAUACUUGUAGUUAUCGUAAUUUAAAUUAUUUUAAAAAUAAUUUAAAAACUUACACCUAUCGCAAUUUACAAUAAUUGUAUAAUUCCUAUAAUUUACCAUGCUUCUCAUUUCGCUUCGAUGAAAAAUUUACGAAAAUUAAUUAUAUUAGGUAAUUUCUAAAUGAUAUAAUCAAAUCAAAUCAGUUAUAUCACUUUAUAAACCUAAAGAAAUUGCAAUCAAAAUAAGUAAAUAAAUGUAAAUACCACAA